AUGUCUGCUUUGUCAUUUCCACCAUUCAAUGCCAUAAGAUGUUGUUCUAAUAGGGACAAUGAUCAAAACCCAAGUGUUCAAAAGUUUAAUAACAUCAAUUUUAAUGGAAGUUCAAGCUCUCAAACUGAUCAUAAACUUAGCCUAAAAAUUGGUCCUUUACCAAGCUCUUUCUCUUUGACUUUUGUCACUAAAAAAGAAUCCUUCAAUGAUGAGAAAAUUCAAGAGAAUACCCCAACAAAGAAGCAUGUAGUUGACCCUUUUCACCAAGAGAUCAUAAUUGAAGGAGGAGUAGGGUACAGACAGACUGUUGUUAUUAAAUCUUACGAAGUUGAUUCUGAUAAAAUUGCAACCAUGGAAAGUAUCUUUAAUCGUCUUCAGGAAGCAGCAUUAAAUCAUGUAGGGAUGUCAGGAUUCAUGAGUGAUGGAAUGGUGAGAAACAAUCUCAUAUGGGUUGUUUCAAGAAUGCAAGUUCAAAUUGAACAAUAUCCAAUCUGGGGAGAGAGAGUGGAAAUCCAUACAUGGAUUGGAGCAUCAGGGAACAAUGGAGUGCAAAGAGAUUGGCUAAUUCGAAAUCAAGACACCGGCCAUAUUUUAGUUCGUGGAACUAGUACAUGGGUGAUGAUGAAUCGAGAAACAAGGGGACUCUCGAAGAUUCCAGAAGAGGUGAGGGAGGAGAUUUCGCCUUGGUUCAUAGAGAAAAAAGCUAUCAAAGAAGAUGUUAUUGACAAAAUUGUCAAAUUGGAUGAUAAAGCUAAGUACAUGAACACCAACUUAAAGCCCAAGAGAAGUGAUUUGGACAUGAACCACCAUGUGAACAAUGUCAAGUAUGUAAGAUGGAUGCUCGAGAUCAUACCGGAUGCCAUUUCAGAGUCUUACCAAUUGUCUAAAAUAACCCUAGAAUACAAAAGGGAAUGUGGGAGUACUAGGGACAUAGUCCAAUUCCUUUGUCAACCUAAUGAAGAUGGAAGAGGGUUACUUAAACAUGGAGUAAAUCAAGAUAAUAAUCAUAACAAUCUACUAAAUACUUUGGCUAUUGAAUUUCUCAAAAACAAUGGAUUCACGGGGUCCUUUGAGAUAGGGCCAUUUAGGUACACUCAUCUUCCCCAAAUCGAUCAUAUAGAGCCUUCUAAGUCUACUCAUCUCCUUCGAUUCGGUCAACUUCUGCUUCAAAUUCUCUUCUUCUUUGAUCAUGUUCUUCGCCACUUCUUCAAUGGAGUUUGGUAUUAGUUCUGAAA